AUGGCUCAGGUGACAGACCUUGCAAGCGCCAUGACAGAGGCCGGCAUGGGUGACAACCUUCGCAAGUACAUGCAGGCUCGUGGCGUCAAUACAGCGGCAGUGAUGGCAGCGAUUAACGAGACCCCGAAAAAGGUGGACGCCGUCCUGUUGGACCCGCUAGAGAAAGGCUUCAAGUUUGCAGACAAUCACACGUUGAAGCUAUCGGCCAUGGAGAUCCCCGUGGUGAAAGCCCGCCUGCGCCACGUGUGGCGUGCCUGUGAUCGAUUGGUCAACGGGGCUGCCGGCGGCCGAUGUUACUGGCAAGCGCAGAUUCAGAAGUACGAGGCUGUCACCAUCGCCGGAGAGCCGCGUCAAUUUCCGCAGCGGGUCAUCAUCGGAGCGGAGACGAUCAUCGCCCGCCUCGCCCACGAGGUCAAGACAGAAACCAGGUACUUCAACGCGGCAGGCGAACCGAACCCGCUUUGCUCGGCAAAGAAGAAGGCCAAGGCAGGGACCACCAUCCUCACUGUGAACGAGGACAAUCAGCUGGAGGCAGAGCCCGAAAUCCCCUGGGAGCCCAAGAGUGUCCUGGCGUUCUUGGAUUGCUUGGAGGCCAUUAAGCAUGCGUGGCUGCUUGUCGAGUUUGCGCCUGAGAAGAGUGUGUCUGCGUUCCUUGAAUGGUUUGGUCGUGUGGUGCGUGCUAGGCCCCUCAAGCUUGAGCAGUUGCGAGUGUUCUGGGAGGACGCCUUGAACCGCGAGAUCGCCGUCGCCCCUGCCAAGGUGAAGAAGAUCCUGCCCAAAAUCGACCCGGCCGUGACGUAUGUGACAUACAAGGGCGGCAAGGAUGGCAAGAAAGGCAAGGGUUAUGGAAAGCGCAGAUUCGGGAAGGGCGACGGCGAAGACCGCCGCUGGACUCCCUACAACCAGUAUCGCAAUCAGUGGUCUAGCUAUCCCGACAAGUUUGAGGCCAUGCAGAAUCAGUGA